CUGUGAUUGAGAUCGAGCUGCCACCCACCAUGAAGUGUGAGCGAUGCAACACCAGGGUCAAGCCCGCGGUUGAGCUUCAGCCGGGGUCAUCGUACCACGGCUUUUGCCCAACAUGCAACGCCAAGAUUGUGUUCAAGUCGGACGUGCCGACCAAGAGCACACUCACCUUCACCCUCAACGGCAAGCCGCAGAAGGUACAGAACCCGGAUCCCGACAUGACACUCAACGAGUACAUCCGCACCAUCGCCGGCCUCAAGGGCACCAAGCUGUCGUGUGCUGAGGGUGGCUGCGGUGCGUGCGUCGUGGCCAUCACGAAGAAGGACACUGCCUCUGGCAAGGACGUCACCGUCCCCGCAAACUCGUGCCUGCGCCUGCUCGCGGCAUGCGAGGGUCUCCAGAUCACCACCGUGGAAGGCAUCGGAAGCACUCGCACGAAGAUGCACCCUGUGCAGAAGACGCUGGCCACCCACUGGGGCUCCCAGUGCGGUGGCUGCUCAUCCGGCAUGGUCAUGUCCAUGUACAGUCUUCUGCAGCGCAGCCCGCAGCCGACCAAGCAGGAGGUGGAGGACUGUCUUGACGGAAACAUCUGCCGCUGCACCGGGUACCGCCCAAUCCUGGACGCGUUCAAGAGUUUCGCUGUCGAUGCGGACUUCCCCGCCAGCACCGACAUUGAGGACAUGAGCGGUGUCUACCACACCCCGUGCGACAAGCUCCCCUGCGGCCAGGCGUGCGCAGACCAGUGCAGCACCGACCGCAAGCUCGCCCGCCUCAAGAUUGCUGCUGACACCGUCUCCUGGAUCGAGCCCGUCGACCUGGAUGACCUCCUCUCCAUUGUGGACUCGCACAAGAAGGACAAGUACAUGCUCGUCUUUGGGAACACCUCCACUGGCGUUUUCAAGGACCAGAACCCGACACUGAAGAUUGAUGUGUCACGGCUGGUGGCGCUGCAGUCCACCAACUCGGACCACGACGGCACCCUCCACAUUGGCGCCGGUGUCACCAUCGCCGCCCUCAUCGACUACCUCAUCCAGCAAAAGGCCCUGAGCGAUUCCUUCGAGACCCUCGCCGAUCACCUGAAGAAGGUCGCGUCGACGCCGAUUCGCUCUGUUGCGUCGUGGGCCGGGAACGUGAUGAUGGUGCACGACAACCCGGACUUCCCAAGCGACAUCUUCACCAUCAUGGCUGGUGCAAACGCCACCCUCACCGUCAACAGCAAGUCGCAGGGCACGAAGACACUCAACUUCUUUGAUUUUCUUCAGUUUGACAUGGCUGGCUGGGUAAUCACGUCCCUGUCUAUUCCUGCGCUGAAGAAGGGCGAUCACUUCACCACGCACAAGGUGAUGAAGCGCCACGAGAACUGUCACGCGUACAUCAACGCUGCCAUCCUCAUCAACCUCGACUCGAGCAACACGGUGCAAGGGACGCCGACGAUGGUGUUUGGGGGCUUCACGCCGUACGCGAGCAAGUCCACCGCGGCGGCGAAGCAGCUGGCUGGGCAGAAGCUCACGGCAGACCUCAUCCAGCAGGCCGCGGACACCCUCGCCCAGGAGUUCCAGCCGGACUCGCCUGCCCCGUUUGCGUCUGUGCCGUACCGCCGCUCCCUCCUCACUACUCUCUUCUACAAGAGCAUGCUCGCUGCCCUCCCCUCCAUCAGCCCAAAGGUUGCCUCUGCUGCAAAGCCGUAUGUGCGGCCCGUCACCAGCGGCGAGCAGAGCUACGACACCGACCCGUCCCUCUACCCGGUCUCCCAGCCGCUGCCAAAAGUCUCCGCGUUCAUGCAGACGACUGGCGAAGCGCAGUACACGGAUGAUGCGUUUAUCCGCCCAGGCUCCCUCUUUGCCGCUUUUGUCCACGCAGAGCAAGGCAACUGCACGCUCGCCUCUGUGGACAGCAGCGCCGCGCUGCACAUGGACGGUGUGGUUGAUGUGAUUCUGGGCAAUGACAUGGGCGUGACAUCGCCCGUUGGCGGUGACGGCCCCGACCAGGAGCCGUGCCUCGUCAAGGUUGGCGAUCGCAUUCUGUUCAACGGCCAGGCGUACGCUGUUGUCCUCGCCACCACCCAGGCCAAGGCAAACGCAGCUGCGAAGCUUGUCACAGCCAAGUACACGGAUGUGAAGCCCGUCAUCACCACCCUCGACGAUGCCAUCGCCAACAAGUCGUUCUUCGACGCGCAGGUCCCGCCCGUCAAGACAGGCAAGGACAUCAAGACGGCGCUGCAGGAGUGCGAUCACGUCAUUGAGGGCGAGGUGUCCUGUGGUUCCCAGUACCACUUCUACAUGGAGACCCAGACAGCCAUGGCCUUCCCCACCGAUGACGGUGGCCUUGAGCUCCACGCCUCAACGCAGAACGUCUCCGACACGCAGCUGUUUGCCAGCCAGGCCACGGGCCUCCCAGCUAGCAAGAUCAACGUGGUGAUGAAGCGUGCUGGUGGCUCGUACGGCGGCAAGAUCACCCGCUCCUGGUUCACCGCGACUGUGGUUGCCUACGCGGCCAACAAGCACAACCUCCCUGUCCGCUGCGUGCUUGAGCUCCACAGCAACAUGCGCCUCGUCGGAAAACGCCACCCGUUCAAGUGCGUGUACAAGGUGGGCACCCUCAAGUCCAAGCUGCACGCCGUCGACAUGCAGUGGUAUGCGGAUGCCGGUGCGUAUGUGUUUGACAGCGACGGCACAAUGGGCCAGGGCCAGACGGCGUGCGACGCAGCCUACUACUGCCCCAACUGGCAGGUUGUCUCCACGGUGUGCCAGACCAACACGCCAAGCAACACCGCCACCCGCGCCCCCGGCUGCCUGCCCGCCGUCUACAUGAUGGAGACAGUCAUGGACCACCUUGCCAAGUCGCUCAAGGUGGACCCAUCCACCUUCCGCCAGAACAACGUCUACCAGCAGGGGCAGAUCACGCCGACUGGGAUGACGCUGCGCUACUGCAGUCUCUCGCAUCUUUGGUCGCAGUUCCUCGACGCCAUCGGCUACGACGCACGCAAGAAGGCCGUCGACCAGUACAACGCCAACAACACAUGGACGAAGCAAGGGUUUGCCAUUGCGCCCAACAAGUACGGCUUGGGCGUGGGCGGGUUCUACCACGUGUCCACGCACGUCCUCGUGAACGGUGGCGACGGCACUGUCGCUGUCACCUGCGGCGGCAACGAGAUUGGCCAGGGCCUCGACACAAAGCUCGCACAGGUUGUGGCGCAGCAGCUUGGCCUGAAGAUGGAGCAAGUUGCCGUGCACAGCAACACAUCGAUGCUGCACGGCAACAACACCCCGACUGGCGGCUCGUGCACCUCCGACGCCGUCUCGUAUGCCGCCAUUGACGCGUGCCAGCAGAUCAACACUGCCCUCAAGCCGCUCCGCUCAAAGAACCCGGACGCGUCCUGGGAGGAGAUUGUGGGCAUGGCCAAGGACCAAGGCAUCGACCUUGGUGCACGCGGGUGGUGUGCCAAGCCCGGUGCUGAGGGCGGCUUUGACUACAACUCGUACGGCAUGGUUGCCAACCAGGUGCAGGUGGACAUUCUCACCGGUGAAGUGCAGAUCCUCCGCACCGACAUUCUCUUCGACUGCGGCCAGAGCAUGAACCCUGCCAUUGACAUUGGUCAGGUUGAGGGCGGGUAUGUCAUGGGUCUUGGCUACUUCCUCACCGAAGAGAUUCUCUACGACAAGAAGUCUGGCCGCCUCGUCACCGACGGCACAUGGGAGUACAAGCCCCCAUCCUCAAAGGACAUUCCCAUCGACUUCCGCGUGAACCUCCUCAAAAACGCACCCAACCCGGUUGGCGUCCUUCGCUCCAAGGCCUCUGGCGAGCCACCAACGUGCAUGGCGUCGAGUGUGGUGUUUGCGGUGAAGCAAGCGAUUGAGAGCUCGCUGAAGGAGCGCGGCGAGAUGCCGGACUACCUCGCUGUCAACGCCCCGCUCACCCCAGAGAACAUCCAGCAGCUCUGCAAGGUCUCCCCGAAGCAGUUCUCGGUCUAACACGGUCCUCGGCCCGUUCACCUUCUCUGCCUCUCUCCAUUGUUUUGUGCGUGUGCGCGUGCGUGUGCGUGUGCGCGUGCGUGUGCGUGUGCGUGUGCGUUGUUUGCACGCACAAGCCACCGCCACUGCCGCAAUGACGGCGGCACGUGCGUUUGUUUGCCCACUUGCGUGUUUGCUUGCUCUUGUUUGUUUUCCAUGGCUUUUCGUUCUCCCUCGCCACGACCAGCGCGUGUGUUUCUGCGUGCGCUGUGUCUGUCGUGGUGCUGCACUGUUCUGCUCGUUUUCGUGUUGCCAUGUUUGCGUGUGCACAUGUGUGCCGUCUCCUUGCGCUCUUGUUUGCUGCCUACCUUGCCCACCUGUCCUGUGCCUCGUCCUCCCGCUUUCCUCCAACACCCAAUACACAGUUGAUGUUCUAAUGCA